AUGGAUCCGAAAGAUUUAAAUCCCCGUACCGACGAUGUCGAGGAAUCCUUGGCGCCUGCAAACGACCCGGUCUUGGAGGCCGUAGGCGCACAUCUAGAAGCAGAGCGAGUACUGGGGCAGACGAACGUGCCAGGACGUGGUGUCGACGACCUACACCCUGCUCUGGGCUUGCCCCGUGACCUACCGAAUUUGAUGCGGCCUAUUAGGCCUAGGAACCCGAGUGGCAUGCUCAUGGGACCGGAUGAUCCUUUCUUCGAGGAGGCACCCAGGCAACUAAGAGCUCCAGGAUCUACAGCACCACGCUACGACGCUAUUGGGCCUUUUGGCCGUGAACCGGAUCCUUCCAUCGAUCCGUCGUUGCAUCCCUGGUCGCCGACAGCUAACCGCGGAGGCAUGAUGGGAAGGGGACCCGGACCAUUUCCUGGACCUGGAGGACCGUUCUUCUAA